ACUCCAUUAUUUCCACAGAAGAAGAGCAAUGACGUCUUUCUAACCAAAUAUUCCUCGUCGGUUUUAUAUUUUUAUAUCAAUAGUCUUUGCUUUAUUGAUUGGAAUAUUGGAGGUGUUUAAGGAGUCCCUCAUGAUGGCACUAAAAUCAGGCGAGGAGCGCCUCAAGGAGAUGGAGGCCGAGAUGGCGCUGUUCGAGCAGGAGGUUUUGGGAGGACCGGUGGCUGUGACUGCAGGAGGUCCACCUGUAGUGGAGGCUGUUCCAGUGGCUCUGGCUGUGCCGGCUGUACAAGCUAUGCCAGUGGUCCGGCCCAUCAUAGGCACGAACACCUACCAACAGGUCCAACAGAGCUUGGAGGCAAGAGCUGCUACGUUAGUCGGACCUCCACCUCCUGCAUUCGUUGGUCCAGCCAUCCCUGCAGUGCGACCUCCGCCAAUGAUGCGACCUGCGUUUGUUCCACACAUCCUGCAAAGACCAGGGGGACAGAGAGUGCCAAUGAUGCGUGGCCCUCCACCACAAGGUAUGAUGGCACCUCCGCUGCCCCGCCCUCCUCCCCCACCACCAAUGAUGAUGGCACCCCCAAUGGCCGGACCCCCUCAGCAUCCUAUGGCUCCCAUCGGACCACCUAUGGGGCCGAUGAACCAAGUUACACCGGUUGAAACAAUGAACCCAGUGGUAGCGGCCCCACCUCGGUCAGUGACGCAUGCGCCGCCCAAAGUUACCCCCAGCGUUAUACAGGCAGCUCCCACCGUUUAUACAUCACCGCCCGCCCCCAAGAGACCAGACAUGAGAGCCCAGAGACAAGCACGCAUAGAUGAGCUGGCAGCAUUAGUAGCCGAACAGCAGGCAGCUGUGAUGGCAGCCGGGCUCCUGGAGGCCAAGAAGGACAGCGUCACGGACGACAGCGUCAUUGGGCCGAGCAUGCCUGAGCCCGAGCCUGUACACAUAGAGCCACCCGAGAGCAUCGCGGAGGAUAAGAAGAAAGGGAAACAGGAGAAGGUGAGGAAAUGCAUCCGUACAGCCGCAGGCACCACUUGGGAAGACUCCAGCCUAGCAGAGUGGGAGACAGAUGACUUUAGGAUAUUCUGUGGAGAUCUGGGGAAUGAGGUGAACGACGACAUCCUGACAAGAGCAUUCAGCCGCUAUCCAUCCUUUCUGAAGGCUAAAGUGGUACGAGACAAACGCACCGGGAAGACUAAGGGCUACGGAUUUGUCAGCUUCAAGGACCCCAAUGACUACGUACGUGCCAUGAGGGAGAUGAAUGGGAAAUAUGUAGGCAGCAGACCCAUCAAAUUGCGAAAGAGCACAUGGAAAGACAGGAACCUGGAGAUUGUACGCAAAAAGCAGAAGGAGAAAAAGAAGCUCGGGCUUAGAUAAGCUCUGAGAGACUGAGUCAAAACUGUAGUGCAAGUGUGAGAGUGUGUUUUACCUCCAUCUCCUGCUACACACCGACAGCCUCAAGAUGGAGAAGACUGUAAUUUAUUGAUGCUCAAAUACACAACUGUGGUAGCAGGAGAUAGGAGUGGAUCAGUAACGCCCGUUACGUAAAGUGUGAUACCUCCUCUAUUUGUGAUGAUCUGAGUCUUUUACAGUGGCAUUCAACAGCGACUUUCAAACAUAUGUAUUACAAUUGUUUUAUCUUGAUUUUUUUUUUUUGCUCGCCCAGUUACCAGAAAUAACUAUCAUGUUCUCUUAUUUUGAUGUUAGAAAGAGCUGGUAAACAAUAACUUGUUAUAACAAUAACAAGUUUUACUUUGUAAAACUUGUCAAUAAACCUCAUGUUUUAUAUUGCG